AUGGGCGAUUCGAAUAUUGAUGGAAAUAUCAACAAACGAUCGAGUGGAGAAACCACGACUGAAGAUAUUCCGGAUAAACGACAAGAAGUGACAGCAGUGAAUGAGGAUAAAGGAAGUGAUCGAAAAGAGGAAAAAGGAAGUGACAGAAAGGAUGAAUCUCUGAUAAAUAAGUCAACUUACAUUGAAAAAGAUGUUGUUGAAGACGAAGAAUUGUAUAAAAGUCUUCAGGCGAUGCCAUUUUAUCAUGGAUUUGUUCCUCGUGACGAUCUCGGAGUCAUCAUUCGAAAUGAAGGAGAUUAUUUGAUUCGUGUUAGUGAAAUCACUACUAAAAAAGAAGGAACGACUGGUAUAAAACGAGACAUUGUUCUUUCGGUUUGCUCUUCGGAUGGCGUUGGAAAAGAGGCUGAUCAAAACAAUACGAAAGAUGCAAAAUCUGAAAAUCAUCAAUCCGAAAGGAAGAUGAGAAAUCUUGUAAUCCGCCGAUACGAUGGAAAGUUCGGAAUAAAAGGAUCGAACUUAUUUCCAACAAUCGAAGCUCUUCUCGCUAAUCAUCACGUCUCGAACACGAUGGAAACGAAAGAAAACCGAUUUUUGAAGACGCCAAUUGAUCUUCAAGGAUGGGAAUACAGACAUUCAGCAGUGAAACUUGGGGAUAAAUUAGGAGAAGGAGCUUAUGGAGAAGUGCGUAAAGGGGUAUUACAAAGAAAAGGAAAAAAGGCAGAUGUGGCCGUGAAAUUGAUGAAAGGAGGAGAACUGAAUAAGCUGAAAAUAAGAGAAAUGAUGAAUGAAGCGAGAUUAAUGAGAAAUUUCAAACACAAGAACGUCGUUCGAUUCUUCGGUGUUGCUGUAGUUGAACAGCCAUUGUAUAUUCUAUUGGAAUUGGUUAAUGGAGGAGGUCUAAACUCAUAUUUACAGAAGAAUAAGAACAUUAGUGUGAUUGAACUUGUUGGAAUGUGUCUUGGAGCAGCUCAAGGGCUUCAAUAUCUUCAUGCAAAUCACUGUAUUCAUCGAGAUAUUGCUGCCAGAAAUUGUUUGUAUUCGGUCGACAAAGUUGUGAAAUUGUCAGAUUUCGGACUCUCUGUUAUUGGAAAUCAAUUUAAACUUCACGCUUCUCAAAAACUUCCAAUCAAAUGGCUUGCUCCAGAAACCAUUACAACACUCUUCUUCACACCGAAAACUGAUGUUUACAGUUACGGAGUGAUGUGUUUUGAGAUAUUCUCAGAAGGAGAUGAGCCUUGGGAAGGUGUUACCAAUACAGAGACGAAAAGAAACGUAGUUUAUGGAAAACAUUUGGAAAUGCCGGAAGCUUGUCCAGAGAAGUUUAGAUCGUUCAUUCACGAAAAGAUCUUUGUCACUGAUCCGAAGAGGCGUGUUGUUAUGGAUGAUGUCGUCAGGUUCAUCGAACCAAUUAUCAAUGAUAUUCACAAUGCUGCAGCUGUUAAUGCAAUUAUUGUUGAAAGAUCUGAACGUUACACGAAAACUGUGGACUGUAAUCGUUCUGUGAUGGCUUCAGUGACUGGAGGAUCCACUCCUCGUAAUGCAUCUAAUUCAUCCCGAAAAAUGAAAAACAAAGUGAAUCGUAAGAAACCGACUCCAGCAAAAACCACGGCAAAUACGGGACAAAAAGCAGCUAAAAAAUCGACCCACAACACGGUUGAGAAGUAG